GGGUUCGUCCUACCCCUCCGUGGCGUCGUUAAUCCUCGCCGUUCUCUGCUAAUCCGAUGAUUAUCGGCCUUAAUCCCCAGAGUAAACUUCGCGGAAGGUGGGUUGACGGGUUGAGGGAAGGCUCAGUCAGAUAUGCCCACUUCUUGGAAUUUCAUGUUGACAUGGCAUUUUGGUUUGAUCUGUGGAGCCAUGAAUUUUAAUUUAGUAGUCUCAAGUUAUGACAGGUUUUGUAAUGAUCAAGCAUCUGCAUUAUCUCAAAAAAAAAAAAAAAAAAAAAGACUAUAAUUUCCAUGUAUUUUGCAAAUUUGCUCCUAUGGGAUAGUAACUGGCAUUCAUCUUUUAGUUUUUGUGUUCUAAUGUCAUUUUCUACACCCUUUUUAUCGGACUACAUUAUUUCUGUCUUCUUGUUUUCACAUUUUUCUUUCUUCCCUUGGAAAUUCUUCAUCAUUUAUCUGAUUUUAAUGUACAAAAGGGAUUUUGUAUUUCCUGAUAUGCUCUUGAGCUUUAUUUGAAGGAUUUCCUUUCUUUUUCCCUUGUGCCUCUUUUCCUGGUUGUUGAACCAUGAGCAUAAUUUUAAAGCAUGAGUCUACCUGUGAAUAUUUUGUAUACAGUGUAAACCAUAUUCCAAGUUUUGUUUGGUUUUUUAUUCGCUAGAGUCUAGGUCAAGAAGGCAAUUUCCCUUGUGCUGAGUUGCAUAUUUUGUAGGUAUUUUCCUUCCACCAUCAUUUGCACGUAAAGAAGUGGGACCUGUUCCAUACAUGUUUAGUCUAUAGAUGAUUCCUUUAUAUUUCUGAAAUUAACUUGUCAAGCUUUGUUUUAUUUCUUUAAGAUUCAAGUUGGAGCAACAUGAGCUACACGGUAAUAUGUCUUUCCUGAUACAUAGUUUCAUAUUUGUGCACUUGAAUUUUAUCUCUUGAUUGCUGGUUUGAGUUUGUUUCGAGUUAAAGUUAAGGUCUCAUAUGUUAUGCCUUAAUGUAUCAUGUUGGUAAUUUCUUUUCAUGUUAUUUACGGUGGCUUGCGCCCGGACUCACUAAUAAAGAGUUUGUUUAACU